GAUUGGUCGGCUGAGACGCCGCCCGCCACCUGGGACUCGGCUCCUGAUUGGGCCGGAGGUCCGCCGCUCACGUAAGAGCGGGGAUGGGGCGGGGCCAAUCUUUAGAAAGGGGGCGGUGGAGGCGGCGGCCAUUUUGGCUCUGCUGUGGAAGAGACGGGAGAGAGCGGCGAAGAGGGCGCCGGAGCAGGAGCGCCGGCCUCGCCUGGCCCCAGCGCCUCACCGUCUCGCCCGCCUGCCUCUAAGCCCAAGGCCCCGUCAUGUCUGACACGCUUGGCGGCGGCGGCGACGCCCGUUCUGACGAGACGGGCGAGGAGAAACAGGUGAGGUCGGGGAGGGGGAGCGAGGGAGAGCUCUGUCUCUGGUGUGUGGGUCUGAGUCCUGAUUGGUCCGCUGGCUCUCGAAGCGGCUUCCGAUUGGUCGCUCCCGAGCAGUGCUCGGCUCUCAUUGGUUGGCGCCUUCCAGGCAGGUGCCCUUUCCGGCAUUGGAGGCCGUUGGAACCAUAGAGAUUCAUUCUGAACUUCCGGCUUUUUUCAGCAACACCCCCCCCACCACCUGGAUUCUCUCUCGUUUUGGCAUCUCUGGGGUUAAAAAGCCGCUAUUUUUAAUUAUGCAUUUAAAAAUGCAUAGUUGACAUUGGAAAGGGAAGAGGGGAUUUGUCCGUUGCUGGGAGCGCGUUCCCGUUAAGUCGACCAAAAUGUCACAAAACUGUGCAAGCUUUUGGGUUUCCCAGAGCUCUUCGUGAGCGUGCAAGCUUUUGUGAAAUGCAGGCCUCUUCCUAUGGCUCUCCCGCUGAGGAGAUUUGAGGGGCUUCGCUUGCACCCUAUUUUGUAACAUUUUGACUGGCCUUGUUGUUUAGUCGUUUAGUCGUGUCCGCCUCUUCGUGACCCCCUGGACCAGAGCACGCCAGGCACUCCUGUCUUCCACUGCCUCCCGCAGUUUGGUCAAACUCAUGCUGGUAGCUUCGAGAACACUGUCCAACCAUCUCGUCCUCCGUUGUCCCCUUCUCCUUGUGCCCUCCAUCUUUCCCAACAUCAGGGUCUUUUCCAGGGAGUCUUCUCUUCUUGGCUGGCCUACUAAAAGUAAAUGGAAACGCGGGUGGCGCUGUGGGUUAAACCACAAAGCCUAGGACUUGCCAAUCAGAAGGUCGGCGGGUUGAAUCCCUGCGACGGGGUGAGCUCCCGUUGCUCGGUCCCUGCUCCUGCCAACCUAGCAGUUUGAAAGCACGAAGUGCGAGUAGAUAAACAGGUACCACUCCAGCGGGAAGGUAAACGGCAUUUCCGUGUGCUGCUCUGGUUCGCCAGAAGCUGUUUAGUCGAGCCGGCCACAUGACCCGGAAAAACUGUCUGCGGACAAACACCGGCUCCCUCAGCCAGUAAAGUGAGAUGAGCGCCGCAACCCCAGAGUCAGCCACGACUGGACAUAAUGGUCAGGGGUACCUUUACCUUUACUAAAAGUAAUGUUCACAUGUGAGUAAGGAGCUCAGGAAAACUUUUGAUGCUCUGUUUAGCUUGGCAUUGCCUUAAAUAUGCAUUUUGACUGAUUUUACAUUUGAGUGGAAAUCUAGUUCCAUUUGAAACCAGAAGAACAUAAGAGGAGCCUUGCUGGAUCAGGCUGAGGACCCAUCUAGUCCAGCAUCCCCUUCCUACAUUGGUUAACCAAAUGCCUGUUACGGGAUACCCACAAGCAGGGCUUGAGCACAAGAGCAACUCUCUCUUCCCUCCCAUGGUUCCCAGGAACUUGUCUUCAGAAGCAUUGCUGCAUCUGAGUGAAGGCAGAGCCUUGCCAUCAUGGCUAGUAGCCACUAAUAUAGCCUUAUCUUCCAUAAGUUUCACUAAGGACUGGGAUGGUGAGUGACUAGCGUUUUAAAAGAAAUCCUUAGCUCUGCAUCUUGAAAAAUGGGAAUUGCUUCAGCUCUUACAGUACAGAAUCAUGGGAUAAAAAUUCCAUGCUCUGAAACUGUGGGCUCGGAUCAUUGAGGGGGGACAUGUUGGAGCUAGGAACUGAAGAAGGGGAAGAACUAUAAAGCCGGUUUUCAACCUUAGAUGCUAGGAAACUGUGUGAUACCCAUUGGAAGACAUGCUUCCUGUGAAUUUAUGCUACAACUGACCAAUCUUACUAGGACUGUGUUGCACGGCUACUGUGCCAAUGCUGGUGGGUGUGAAAUAGAAUGGUGAGGCUUGUGGGACCUGUCACUCAUCAUAGAACAGGAGUGGAAAACAUCCAGGUAUUCUCAGAACAACCCCCAUUAUCCCUGCCAAUUGACCAUGUUGGCUGCUGGGAGUUGGAGUUCAAAACAUCUGGAAGAUGUCAGGUUGAGAGAGGCUGCCCCAUAUGCUUUUAAGACUGGGGCCUGGACAAUUCAAAAUCCCAUUCAGCCUUGAAGCUCACUGAGUGACCUUGGACCAGUCCCUUUCUUUCAGCCUAACUUAGUUCACAGGUCUGUUUAGGAUAAAAUGAGGAGAGGAGGACCAUGUAGACACCUUGUACUCCUUGGAGGAGAAAGGGUGGCAUAGAAGUACAGUCAAUAAAUAAAUAGCUGGUGGAGCUCAGAUAAAAUCAGCCCUUCAUAUUUCCAGACAAGAUUUCUCUCCUCCCCUUGCUCAAAAUAAUGUGGUUUCAAAAUUAGCAAAGAGAACAUAAAAGUUCUGGGUAUAUCAGGAAGUAGGGCCACUACACAUCUGGAUUUUCUCUGACAUUACUGGGAUUUCAUAGGUGGAAUUGACGUCUGCGGGGAAUUUCCAAUCGGGAACGAUAAUGAGAUCAAAUCCUUUGUGGUUCCAAGACAGUACAUUUUCUGAUAUUUUACAAUGGAUAUUUACAAGCAGGAACAUGUCAGGAGAAGGGUAACAAAGUUGGCAUGGGACUUGUAGAUCAAAAUCCUAUGAGGAAAUGUAGAGGUGGAGUGGUUGGCCACGUUUAGCCUGGAGAAUGCACCAUUGAGAAACACUACGGUAGCCAUUUUCAAGCAUUUAAAGGGACAAGUCCUAGAAGAUGCAGCAAAUUCAUUUUCUGUUGCUCCAGGAAGGUAGUAUCCCAGCAGGUUCAGAAAGAGGUUUUGACUGAACAAAGUACUUCCUGGUGGAAUGAGCUGUUCGAUGGCAGAUCAGUUUGCUUCAGACUUUGGUAGGCUCUUACUCAUUGGUGACUUAUUUAGAUGCUGGGUGACCAUCUAUUAGGGCUAUUACUGAGGGCUCCUUCCAAUACAGCUGCAUCAUUCGGAGUCCGAGACCAUUGAUCUGGGAUGGCCUGCAAUGUCUAAUGUGCCUGGCCGUCACCCAUCAAGGUCUGUGGCAGAAAUCUUUAACUAACAGCCCUGUGAGCUGGAGAUUCAACCUGGGGGCUUUAGUGAGUCAAUCAUGCACUCUACCCCUAAGCUCUAGGUCCCUCUUUCUGCUUGUCACAGUUGGAGGUAGGAUGCUGGGGCUCAGACAAGCAGCUUGUCUGAGAGUAUGCAAAGGAGUCUCUUGACAAAGCUGGAACAAGUCACCCAUUUGAACCUGGCCCCUCUCAUUUUCAGCCGAGGACCCCUUUUCAUCCUUAUGCGGUUAAUUGGGAUUUCUGCCUCCAAAGCCAGCCAGCCAGAGCUGAAGGGUGUGUGUGAUCUCCCACCUGAUGGGGCACAUCAAGCUUGGGUUACUGGUUGCCCCAAAUAAACGGCUCAGGACCGAUGUCUCUGCCAAGCUCAGAUUGGCAUGGGGGAAAGCUUUAGCAGAGCGACAGAAUUUUAGGAAGCAAGAAUCACCGGUGGGGCAUCCAGUUUGGCAUCGCCCAGAUAAGUGAUGUCUGUUGAUCUCUGUUGACAUGAUUUUGCAGGGCUCUGCAAACAUAAUUGGGUUGGCUUGGGUGAGAUCUAGGUUCUGUCACACUUGGUUUGUGUGUUGCUGCUUUUUGAAGAAGAACAAUAUUUAUCAAGCUGAGGGUCUUGAUGCUGUAAAGGUAAAGGACCCCCGACAGUUAAGUCCAGUCGCAAAUGACUCUGGGGUUGCGGCGCUCAUCUCACUUUACUGGCCGAGGGAGCCGACAUUUGUCCACAGACAGUUUUUCCAGGUCGUGUGGCCAGCAUGACUACGCCGCUUCUGGCAAAACCAGAGCAGCACAUGGAAACGCCAUUUGCCUUCCCGCCGGAGUGGUACUUAUUUAUCUACUUGCACUUUUUGGGGUGCUUUCAAACUGCUAGGUUGGCAGGAGCAGGGACCGAGCAACGGGAGCUCACCUUGUUGCAGGGAUUUGAACCGCCGACCUUCUGUUCGGCAAGCCCUAGGCUCAGUGGUUUAGACCACAGCGCCACCCUCGUCCCCUUGAUCCUGUACCUUCCUCUUAAUUGUGAUGGGAUUUUUGAGUUCGUGGAGAAGCUUGAAAAAGUCCCAAGUUCUUCUCCUGAAGACAUCCUGCAAGGCAGUGGAGGUUUAGGAUCAGAGUUUUCCUUCUAGAUGGACUCCUUCCACAGGCUGAUGAGCCGCACCUGCCCCUCACUUCCCUCUACAGCGCAAGCAGAAACUGGCUUCUUGGCAUUCGGACCCACUAUUGGUCUUGCUGGCUAAGUCUUUCAGAGCCUGUAUUCACAUGCAGGGGAAGUCCCUAACUCACAGAGGGUUUGAGACCCAUCGGCUACCCUCACCUCACCUGGUUUAGCUGGGCGGUUGAAGUUGCUUCCUGGGGUGUGGCCUCUGUCACAUGCCGACAGCUUCUUGGAGCAAUAGAUAAGCUGAGUGCAGGGUGGGGACCGCCAAAGGUGAACAACCUACCCCAGAAGGAACAUGUGUCCCCCAGCCAGAGGUACCGCCCCUCCCCUAGCACAGCUGUUCUUGUACUGUCUUUUACAUUAUUAUUAUUGUUAUUACAGUGGACGCUCAGGUUGCGAACGUGAUCUGUGUGGGAUGCACGUUCGCAACCUGUAGCAUUUGCAACGCGUGGGUUGCGAUUCGGUUCUUCUGCGCAUGUGCAACGCUCGAUUUAGCGCUUCUGUGCAUGUGCGACUGCUGAAACCCGGAAGUAACCCGUUCCAGUACUUCCGGGUUUUGGCAGUCCGCAACCCGAAAAAACGCAACCUGAAGCGGACGCAACAUGAGGUAUGACUGUACUACUGUAUCAAUUUAUUUUUCUGUUUACACAAUAACAUCAUUACCAACUCUCCCUGCAGUACACAGACAGCAUUAAAGAAAAGUGCAUUGGAAACAGGACUUGGAGUGACGCUGUGUUCUUAUGUUCUUUUUUUAAAAAAGGAAUCUUUUGUCAGCUUGAAUCUGAGUCACAGAAGCUGCAAUCCAAGGAGCAGAAUUAGCUGCAGAUUUGUUUAUAAUGCAUCUAUACUAGCCGCUACACCCAGUUCAAAAGUGGGAAGGCAGCAGCCCUGCCCUGGGGGCUUAGUACUGAAUGCUGUGCUGACGCACAUCGCCCCCCCCCCACCCCCGAGCGGAGGAUCGCUUGCUGCACUGACAUAACAGUACCAAAAGCCAUUCUCCCUCAUCCCACAUAAUUCCUCCACACAAGUAUUAUUUUCGCCCCUUGUUUUGCCUUUCCUGAGUCAUCCACUUAUUGUGAACGCUGCCCACAGAAUCUGCUCUUAGCUACCGCCUGGCAAUUUAACCAUUCAAGCGUUCUGUCUUUCCCAGAGAUGGAGUGUUUGCUUCCUCCUAAUGCACAAGAUAAAGAGGCUUUUUUUUUAAUAAAAAAAGAUAGUACAGAGCCUUCAUAGAAUUAUAAAACUGUAGAGUUGGAAGCAGGCCACAUGUGCAGGAAUUAUAGUUAAUAAUCCCUGAUGGGUGGUCAUCUAGCCUGUGCUUAAAAACCUCCAAUGAAUGUAAGUUUUUCAUCUUCCCAGGCAGUCCGCUCCGCUAUCAAGCAGCUCUGUCAGAAAGUUAUUCCUGUGGAGAUAUCAUUCACAUAUUUCAUGAUGGGCUUAAAAAAAAACAAAAUAGCUGUGAAGGCCCGUCACCAUUGGCUGAAAUGCUGUGAUGUCAUGGAGUGCAUCUGUUGGGCACAGGACAUUGACAGGCCAUGAGGAGAGCGAAUUGUCAUUUUGAUGCGGCCGGGCAGGGGCAGUGGAGAAAUAGGAGUUCCUUAAAAGUAAAUAAAAGAAAGUAAAUAAAAGUAAAGGUGUGCAGCUGUUGACUUGAGAGAAGGAAGGUUAAGUAAGGCAGGUGCCUGAGGAAAGAGUGAGAGGAAGGCAUGUAAAGGUGGGGUGGAGGAAGAACCGAACACAGGCCCCAGGCCUGGGAGGGCCUGUUGGUGGGAAGCUGUGUAAACAGGGAUAGGGGUGUGUUGAACUGACAUAUGGAUUAGUCUUGAGGGAUAGACCUCUUGGCUGUGAGUUCUCUUGUUCGAACAUUAAAAUGAUGAACUAAAACCUUGCCAACAAAGGUCCGUAUAGUUAAAGCUAUGGUUUUCCCAGUAGUGAUGUAUGGAAGUGAAAGCUGGACCAUAAAGAAGGUGAUGGCCGAAGAAUUGUUGCUUUUGAAUUAUGGUGCUGGAGGAGACUCUGGAGAGUCCCAUGGACUGCAAGAAGAUCCAACCUCUCCAUUCUGAAGGAAAUCAGCCCUGAGGUGCUCCCUGGAAGGACAGAUCCUGAAGCUGAGGCUCCAAGACUUUGGCCACCUCAUGAGAAGAGAAGACUCUGGAAAAGACCCUGAUGUUGGGAAAGAUGGAGGGCACAAGGAGAAGGGGACGGCAGAGGACGAGAUGGUGGGACAGUGUUCUCGAAGCUACCAGCAUGAGUUUGACCAAACUGCGGGAGGCAGUGGAAGACAGGAGUGCCUGGCGUGCUCUGGUCCAGGGGGUCACGAAGAGGUGGACACAACUAAACGACUAAACAACAACAAAGCACCACAAAAGCAGGACUUUUGACUCUGCCUGCUCAGUGAGGGUUUAAUGGCCGGUGAUGGGAUCUGAACUCUGACCCAGUGCUCCUUCCAGUGAUCUCUGCUAGGAAGUGUGUGUCAGGAGAGCCUGAGGUGGCCUUCCAAAGUUUUGCUGAGCUCCGACAGUCAAGUGUGGUUUUCCAACUUGGCAGCAGAGGCCCUUGAGCUGAGCUCAGCAGCUUCCAGCACCGGGUGUGGAGGCUCCCAGCAAAGAGAGAAGGGAACUCUCUUCCUGCAGACUUCUUCCCAUGAGGAUGAGCAAGAGAAUGACUGGGAUGAAAGCAUGGGACCUCUCAGAAAUGCUUCUUAAGCAGUAAAUAACAAGUGGCACCUUGAGGACUAGAAACUUGGGUUGAUUUGUUUUUUUAACAGGUUCUUCUUCCUUCAAAAAGCCACACACCUGGCCUUGUGUUGCAGCAAUAUAAUAUCCGUUGCCAAGGUUUGUGGAUCCCACCUCCCUUGCAUCAGUCGUUCGGGAGGUCGGUCUAGAAUCAUAGAAUCGUAGAGUUGGAAGGGACCCAAAGGUCAUCUAGUCCAACCCCCUGCAAUGCGGGAAUCUCAGCUAAAGCAUCCAUGACAGGUGGCCAUUCAACCUCUGCUUAAAAACCUCCAAGGAAGAUCUAGAUGUGUCUCUGCCAGUUUGCGUUUCAGUGGUCGUGGAAGGUGCCUCAUCUCACACCUUCCAGCCCAAAUCUUUGGGAAAGUUGAUAUUUAGCCGCACUACAAUUGCCGGCUUGCCUCACACAUCUCUAGCUUAGCAGUUAUGACUGGCUUCUUUCCAAGCGGAACGGCUUCUAGCCUGCUGGCAGAGAAACCUGGCUCUCCCCACCCCCUCCUUGGUUUACAGACCUGGCUUGUACUGUCUGCUCCUUGGGUCAAUAAGAGAGCUGGGGUGUAACUUCUCUGCAAGCGAGUUUUUUCCUUUUAGACCGUGCAGUCGUGAUUUAUUUCCAUCCCAAAGCCUCCUGACAGGUAGCAGCAGAUUUCCCAAAAGUCUUCCCUCCCUUCCUGCCCCCCCCACUCCCAAUUAAAACUGAGGAGCAGUGGCGUGUAUUUUCCUAAAGAUGUUAGAACGAGCUGGGUUUACGGGACAAGGGCAGUGCAUUCGGGAGCAUGGCUGCCCUCUGGCACAUGCUGGUCUGAAAAUAGUCGGAUGUUCCAGAUGGUGCUCGUGACUCAACAAAGGGCAUCCUGGCCUGGAGGUUUAUAAUGGAACAGGGACUCAGCAGAAGUCAAUAAAGGCAAAACCUGCCUCUCUCCCCAUCUCUCUUUCGUGCUUGCUCAUAUUCCCCACACACACAGUGUCUCUCUCUCUCUCUCUCUCUCUCUCUCUCUCUCUUCCUUUAAUGGAGCAAAGCAAAAACUAGCAUUGCCCCAAUGUUACUCCAUUAUAUCCUGGCAUUAUUACUGUCAAUCAGAUUUCUUACCUGCAUGAGGUCCCAGGUCGAGUUGUAACCAUUUAAAAAUAUAUUAAAACAAUUUAAAUUAAUGUAUGCCCCACUUUCCUUGAAAGGAGCUCAGGGUUACAUACAUCUUUAUUUUGACAAUUUAGAUACCACUUGGAUUAAACACAAAACUCUUAAGGGGUUCGCAGCACAGAUUAAAACGCCUUAGCUAAACUACAAAUACUGUUGUUACUGUUGUUGUUGUAGUAAUAACAGUAAGGAUGUUCUAUGUAUACUGUUGUGUUGUUUUGUUAUGUUACUGUGAAAUCAUUUUUGCACUGUUUGCUUUUUGAAAUGCAUUCGUUUUCUUGUGGUAAGCCACUUUGAACAUGACUUUUUGUUUGUAUGAGAAAUAAAAUGAAUGAAUGAAGGAGGUGAGAGUUAAUUUAACUUAACUCAAAGAAAAUCUCAGUAACUUAGAAGAGCCACCUUUUUCCUCGCAAUGACCCUGUUGGUUAGGUUAGGCUGAAAGGGCGUGACUGGCAGCAAGGUGAACUUUGAGGCAGGGCAAGGAUUUGGAACAAGCUGCAUAUAAGCCCUGGGGCCCUGCUCUCCUGCUGCAACUGGGCCCCAGGAUGAUUCCUAUCCUUGGCAAGCAUUGGGGGGCACCCAUCUUUUGGACCAGCUGGACUCCCAAAUCAAAUGUAACUGCUAUGAGAAAUGCAUUGGCAUUGAGACGAGGGGAGUUGUGCAUCUUUAUGUAAACAAUCAGCAGGAGAAUCAUGCGUUCUCUUCCCCAUCUGCAAGAGAAGCUGGUUUGCCGCUUGGGAACGUCUGCUCUUCCCAGCGCUCACCUCUUCUUGCCCAAGCAAAUAGCCCCCUUCCCCUUGUUCACAUUUCACGGGCACAGGUGUGAACUGUGGUUCGCCCCAACCUGGAGUCCCCACUUCAAAAGCACACUUUUUGCUUUCCAGGGAAGCGCUGCUCACAGUCAGAACAGAGCCAAAUCAUUCUGUUUUCUCAAACGGCUGGGUUUCAUUUCUUGUGGGUUAUUCUUUCUUUCAGGAUUCGCAGGAGAAGGAAGCGGUCAUCCCCGAGAGAGCGGAGGAGGCAAAACUCAAAGCCAAAUACCCCAGUUUAGGACUCCAGAAACCCGGCGGCUCCGACUUCCUAAUGAAAAGACUCCAGAAGGGGGUAUGUGUGCCAAGACGGAGAGAAUUCAAGUCUGAAAGCUUACAGCGGGGCUGCAAAGGGCCAGAGCAGGGACAGUGGGCUUUUGUGGGAAGCCUCAUGAUAAAGUCCUCCACAUAUUUAAACUGUGGAACUCUCUCCCACAGGGGACAGCCAUGGCCACCAGCUUGGGUGCCUUUAAAAGGAAAUUGAACAGGUGCUUGGAGGAUAAGGCUAUCAAUGGCCAUUAGCCACAGUGGCUCUGCUUCCACUCUUUGAAGGCCCAUAGCACUUUUGAACGCCAGUUGCUGGAAACCGCAGGAAGGGGAGAGGGUUCUUGUGGUCGGGUCCUGCUUGGAGGCUUCCUAUGGGGGCAAUGCUGUCCAGGGUUGUAAAGACUGCGGAGAGAAUAAUUGGGUGCACAUUUCCCACCUUGGAUCAAAUCUAUGCUUCCAGGUGCCAUGAGAAAGCUGCAGAGAUAGUGCAGGAUAGUGCGCACCCCGGAAAUGAUCUCUUUCAGCUUCUGCCUUCUGGAAGAAGGUACAGGGUCAUAAAGACUAGGACUAGCCGCCUGAGAAACACUUUCUAUCCAAAUGCACUUUAUGUGGGUAUAUUGUAUUCAGUUAUGGGGUAUCAGAGUUUUUAGGGGCUGACCAUGCUGGGAUAGCAGGCUAGUGGGUUUUUGAAUGUCUGGGGUAGAUUUUUUCAAUUUCGUUGUUCUUUAUGGGACAAUGACAAUAAAAAUUCUCAUAUCGUAUCGUAUCUGGUUGGCUGCUUGAAGAAGAGAAUGCUCAACUGGAUGGGCGAUUGGCCAGGUCCAGCAGAACCUCUUCUUAGGUUUGGCUCAGCGGAGUCCUGAACUCGCGGCACGUUGCUGACUUCUCCUCUUAAUAAUAAAUAAUGAUAAAUUAUUUAUACCCCGCCUAUCUGCCUGGGUUGCCCCAGCCACUCUGGGCGGCUCCCAAGGGAAUAUUAAUAAUAGCAAUAAUAACAAUAGCGAUAAAAGAUCAAACAUAAAAAACUUCCCUAAACAGGGCUGCCUUUAGAUGUCUUCUAAAAGUCAGAUAGUUGUUUAUUUCCUUAACAUCUGAUGGGAGGGCGUUCCACAGGGCAGGCGCCACGACCGAGAAGGCCCUCUGCCUGGUUCCCUGUAAUUUUGCUUCUCGCAAUGAGGCAACCACCAGAAGGCCCUCAGAGCUGGACCUCUGUGUCUGGGCUGAACGAUGGGGGUGGAGACGCUCCUUCAGGUAUACAGGACCGAGGCCGUUUAGGGCUUUCAAGGUCAGCACCAACACUUCAAAUUGUGCUCGGAAACGUACUGGGAGCCAAUGGAGGUCUUUCAGGACCGUGUUAUAUGGUCUCGGCAUCCGCUCCCAGUCACUAGUCUAGCUGCCGCAUUCUGGAUUAGUUGUAGUUUCCGGGUCACCUUCAAAGGUAGCCCCAGAUUCUAAACAUGCACAUUUGUCUCUCCCGCUUUUCAGCAAAAGUACUUCGACUCCGGGGAUUACAACAUGGCGAAGGCCAAGAUCAAGAACAAGCAGCUGCCAACCGCAGGGACCGACAAGAACUUGGUGACGGGAGACCACAUCCCGACGCCGCAAGAUCUCCCGCAGAGGAAAUCCUCCCUCGUGACCAGCAAGCUGGCAGGGUAACCUGCGCUCCUCCACCUCCUGAUGAGUUUUCUUCUUUUUUUUUCCUUUUGGGUUUUUUUUGAUUUAUUUUUAUUAUGUAUAUUUUUUUUUGGUCAGAUGGAUUGAACUUUGCUGUAUCAUAAGGCUGGGAUAAUGCAGGACUCGUUUUAGCCAUUGGAAAUAUUUAUACAAAUCCCAAACCAGGAGCCUGGCACGUGGACGUGGUUUAUUCUUUGCAGUUCUGAUCUGAUGUCCUUUCCCGCCCCCGCCCUCCGUUCUCUUGAUGAGCACUGAAAACAGGUUCUUAAAUUUCGCUCGCCCGCCAGGAUGAGUUAAGAACCUCACUUUCAAGUGGGGUGGGGGGGUGUCCUGCCGGGCCAAAGCCAGAUUUUUCUAUAGCUGCUGUUGCUUGUUCCUGCGACGCUGCGGAAGGCCAGUGGAAUAGCACCAGCCCCACCUGUGAGUUUCCCCCCGCUGUGAACUCUGAAAGCGAGAUCCGGAACUGCCAGUGGCGUUGGAGAAAGCCUAAGAGCAGGAUCAUAAUUAAGAAUAACACUAAGCGUUUUUAUAUAACAUGCCCGGGGGCACACAGCCAUUGUGGCAACAGCCCUAUGAAGGUAGUCCAGGAUGCUUGCCCCCACACGGCAGGUGGUGAGCCAGGGCCUUGCGGCCAAGAGAGACAAGCUUGCUUUCGGUCACUUUGGGAGCUCUUUACAGGGGUGAGAUUAGAACUGGGGGCUGCUUGAGACAGGGCACAGGUUCUUGAACCUCAUCGCUAUGCCAGCUCUCGUAAGAAGAGCCCUGCUGGUUUUUAGACCAAGGAUUCAGCUAGUUCCGCAUGUUGUUUCCCACUGGGGUCUAAAGCAUCAUGGUAUUCUGAGCCCAACACCUGGCACAUACAAGGGUGCCAUCCCUCCUAGCAGGGGCUGAUGGGAAUUGUAGUCCAAGACAUCCAGAGAGAGCCCCAGGUUGGGGAAAGGCUGGUUCGAACAGGAUUUUUUGUUUCAACGUUUUCUAAGCUAAGAUAGCAAAAGCUUGAUGGGCUUUGGUCCGUGACAUUGUGGGUGAGCUAGGCUGCUCAAAGUGUCCACACAGCAGGUUUUGGUGGACGCUGUGUCUCUUUGGCAAACUGAGGAGGGGCAGGAGGCAGGCGUCUUUGCACGGAGCGCCGCCUCCCACCCCAAAGGCCGCCUGAGCCGACUUUUGGGCCCAUGUGGCUCCUAAGGGGUAGACGGUCCGUUAUCAACUUACAGAGGAUCAGGGAUGCUGUGUUCGUUUCAAAGCAGGGUUUUGAAAAGCAUUUUUGUCAGACCAACUUUAGGCAGGUGUAAAGAAUGUGGAGAGUUUUAAGUUUCACACGGCUCUUCAGCAAACAGGCAGGCCGCCACUGUCGCACCGGUCGGCAUCUAGCUUUUCCUCGAGGGCCCUUUGACAGAGUGGCCGCGGGUGGCUCAAAGUCCCAACACCCCACUCCCCAAAUGGCUGUGUUUCCCUCGUGGAUUUUUAAAAAACCACAGCAUGAAAUUCUGUGCCAAUGGAAGCAGAGGGUCGGUUAUCUGGAUCAGUCGAGGAAAUUGUAGGGGCCGCAGAGAUGUUUGCUGCUUCUCAGUCCUGAUUAUUGGGAAGGAGAGAUCUCAACUGAUCCGGCAGCGCUUGGCUUCUGACAUUGCAGCAAAAUAUAUUGCCCUUGUGCUUUUGAGGCUUCAGGACUAGGACCUUGGCUUAGUUUGUAAACGGGUGCUGAAAUCCUUGACCUACAGAGUUUCCUUCUCCAUCGCUGCCCUCUACCAAACUGCAAGGUAUUCUGUUCACGGGGUGUGAUGCUGCCUUGUUUGGAAGUGACCUUGAUUCCAGUGUUGUUCUUGACAACUUUUAACACUCCCCCCCUCCCAAAAAAAAGCAUUUAGAAAAUGGACACAAAUUCAUCCCCAAUGCAGUCGGUGAGCAUAAAUAAAAUAACUUUUAUGCCUAAGGAAAGCAGGUCGGAUUUCUAUUUGAGAAACGAGAAUUGGUAAGAGAAUCAUGAUCACUGUAAUGGAAAUCUUUUAGCUUUGAAUUCAAGCAUCUGGGUAUCGGGUGACAAAUUUGAGGGUUUUAUUGGGCAGUGGCCAUUUGGUUCCACAGACAUCCAUAUACCUUGAUGCUCAGCGCUGUUUGAACCUCCCAGGGUCUCGUUGUGUGAAAAACCUUUUCCUUAAAAAAUAUUGAGCUGAGUUCUGCCACUCAGCACCUCCAAUCCCUUGACUCCCCCCCCCCCAAAAAAAAACUAAUUAGAUUUUCAAAUUAACAAAAUUCAGUGCCUUAAGUGGGAUGAGCUACGGCCAAGUUAGCUUGACCUUAAGAGUUGGCUCAGCUUCUGGCGGACUUCGAAAUGAAAUAUCCGUUAGUUGAUUUCCCAUUGUCGCCCACUCUAAAUCUCUGGUUCCCCACCCCUUCAAAAAAUUAGGAUUUUAUUGCCUCUUCGUGUCCAGGACAUCCUUUGCCAAAUAGGCCUUCCAGAUGUGUCAGACUACAAAUCGCAUCAGCCCCAGCCGGCACAGCCUCAUUCAUGGAAGUUGUAGUCCAAAACAGCCAGAGGGCAGCAGGUUGAGGACAGCUGGGUCAGGGAAACCAAUCCUGUAGCAAGGAGCAAGUUCUUCCUGAUGGCUGUCCUUGAGGCUUCUGGAAUAAUACUGCACACAGCAACAGGCGGAGCUGAACUCCUCCUCUAAAAGAAAAAGAAAAAGCACAAAAGAUUAAUUUGCUGCUGCUGAAAAGAUUUAAAAACAAAAUCUAGCAUCUUGCCUCUUCCCACCCACCCGUGUGGGUCCUUACAGCCUACAACAGAGUUUGUAAUAAUUAAUUUGGCUCCAUUUGUUACAGGGCUGUGAGGGCGAAUGAGAAAGUAAAAAAUGGCAGCAGGGGGAACCUCGGUCCUAGCUACUGUCCUGGGCUUUGCCUUUCGAUGACACCCGAGAAAGUUCUCUGCAGUUUCCAUAGAACGAGACCCCCACCUGUUAAAUGUUCUGCCUUCUUGAGUUGACAGCUCUUUGGUGGCGCAGUGCUGCGAGAAAAACGCAGCAGAUUGUUUGUGUGAAGCCUCCUUCCCCCUGUGACCUCUGGCAAUCUCGUCCCGCCUCAUCUCUUGGCUUGAGGGAUUUCACCAAGCAUUCCUUGCUAGUAAUGCUGAUCCUGUGGUCUUAGAAGGCUAGAAACUUCGGGAAAGCUGGAAGUCCCCGGAAGCCCUGCUCUGCUGCCAACGCCUGAAAUCCACGCUGCUCUGCAUGUUUGAGCUGUCUGGACCUCUGCUUCACCGCCGAACUGGCAACGAGAUCCCAGAACCUCUGCAAGCCUGCAUUUAAAAACAUUUUUUUACCAUGGUGCAUCUCCUGGAGAAAACACAUCCCACUACCCUUUCUCUGCUCCCAGGAGUUUUCUCCCUGCACUUCUGACACAGGAAUGUGCCACUCCCAUCUUUUGUCGUCCUCUGCCUCUGUCAUUCUGGGCUGAGAAGAGAAUUUGGGGCCGUCAGAUGGGUUGGAGUAAAGACAAUAGGAGGAAGGGGCAAUGUAAAAAUUAAGAUGGAUGGCUUCACGUAUUAUUUUAAAAAAUUGAGCUGUGGCCAUCCAAGUGUCUCUCUGUCUUGUGUCUUUCCAAGAGGAGCUGGCAGGCCGAGGUGGCAGAGACUGGGCAAAAUAUCUGAUGAAUGAUCUGACUGGUUGGACCUCCGACUUCCUCUCACUGUCCCGCCAGUUGAUGCUUCGGGGUUACAGGCCCAGCGGGGGAAACAAAGCCCACCUUGAUUUGAGGGCAGUCGGCACCAGCUCAAAAUUGUCACAGUUGUCAGAUGAGUGCAGAAAAAGGUGUCAUCGCCAUGGCUUCGCUGGCUAGAAAGCCUGUGGGGUGUGCCUACCUUGGCACAAGCUGGUCAGUGAGGACGGAGGACUCUCAGGAGUGAGUUAGACUCGUUUCCUCCGUGUUCAGGUAUCUGUGUAGCCGCUGCCCCUUCCUUUCUGCUGCCCACUGUGCCCACUCCCUGGGUGGUGGGACUGAAACCGCGGGGCUUUUUAGAGCGGCUUGUGUUUGGCGGUGGGCUGUAUUUGGAGGCAGACUCUGUUUCCUUCCCUUCUGCCCUUUCAAAAGACUUCUCCCCUCAAAGUUCGCUUCCGUUUCUCCCAGAUGAACUACCCUACAGUAGGGGUGACUUAACACCCUCUUUUGGGGCUCAGGGGCCAUUUGAGAGCCGUCGGGGGGCUGCAGGCCAGUGGCGAUGGAAGGGCGUGUGGCCAGUACACACCCCAGAGCAUCCUUGCAAACGGGCAGCGGUGGUAAAUUGAGCUGGGGGCUGGCUGUCCAAAUCUGGCUUGUGGGCCAUCUCUGGCCUGCAGGCUAACAAUUCACCACAUGGAUAUAUUUCUAGCCUCCGGUUCCUAUACUUUCCCCCCCGCCUCCCAGCCAUACUGUAAAUAGAUGUGAAUCAUAUAUAUAUAAAUAUAUAUAUAUAUACAUACAUAUAUAUAUAUAUAUAAUUUUUUUACAUCAUCUUCAUCUCUAUCUUCUGGUGUUUGCUUUUUUUCUAAAAAAAUAAAAAUAAAAAUAGUCAAAAAGACGCAUUCUAAAAAACACGCAAAAAGCGCACCACCCCACAUCUGUCGCACAUCACUGGCCCGCCUGUCAGCCGUUCCACUGAGGCCUCGGGUGCAGCCAGGAUUUUGGAGUUUUGAAGCUGCUGCUUGUAGCGGUGGGGGAGGUGAUGGGGAGGGGGGUGUUGGCACCCUCCUUUCGUCCGGGUCCUGUUGGGCAAUUGCAGAUGACUGUGUUGUUGUUGUUGAUGAUGUAGAAAGAGGAAGGAAGGGAGAGUUGGGUGCGAAAGAAUUAAAGAGAAAAUGUGUGGAAAUAAAGUAACCCUUGUCUCGA